AUGGGUGGGACGCUGGAGCUCCUGUGGGGUCCGGGCGCCCUGAUGUACAGGCCGCUUCAUCUGCGUAUUCUGUGUGUAGUGACCAGGGUUUUUGUUUGCGUGAAGCCAGUGUGUAGUCGAUAUGUGCGGCAGGUUCUCCUGCUCGUCGCGGUCUCCCUCCACUCUCCACUGCAGCUAAAAGCCCUGAAACACAACGGUAGAGAGGGCUUCAGCACACUCCCGGUAGCCAUGAGGAGAUAA